AUGGUUAGAAAAGCAAUAGAAGAUAUUAGUUAUAGGGGUGGAAGUACUUUAACUUCAAAAGCUGUAGAAUUGGCAGUUCAGGAUUUGGAGAAAGGAAGAAGGGAUGAUGCUUUACAAGUAAUUGUUCUAAUGAAUGACGGAAUGAGUCAAGAUCCAUGGGAAAAUGUUUUGGCUGCAAGUAAAAGACUUGCCCAAUCAGGGGCUGAACGUUUUGGUGUAGCACUUGGGGAGGAAGUAGAUUUACGAGAAUUGGAACAUUAUGUUGGGGAUAAAAAAAGAAUUUAUAGAGACGGUUCUACAGAACGAUUUUUGGAAGAUAUUGUUGGGUUAAUAAAUAAUAAUAAAUGUUUGGAUAAUAAUUCUGAAAAGAAAAUUGAAAAUCUGAAUAAAAACGAUAAGAGCAAUGAAGGUGGUGGGGGUGAUGGUGGUAGUGGUCCUCGAGAAUUUGGAGAUUUUCAGAGAGAUGACAGUAACACUUGUCAAAAAGCAAAACUUGAUUUAAUUGUUGUUCUAGACAAUACAGACAUUAGUUCAACAGGGAAUGAUCCAAAAUUGAGUUCUAAUCGUUCUCUCCCUCUCAGUCAUCGUGUCCGCUUAGCAGUUAUUUCAAUUGGAGAACAACACCAAGAACUUUAUUUUUCUGAAGUUCAAGACAGAGAAUCUAUAUUUAAAAAAAUUGAACGGAUUCGUUCAAUCUCUAUACGUCCAAAUUAUUCGAAAGCUGUUGAAACAGCAAUUAAUUAUUAUAAUGGAGCUGGGAGAAGACCUGAAUCGAAUGGGUUAAUUUUAAUUGUGGGAGAUGGAAAGAAUGAUUUGGAAGGGCCGGAAGAGAGGAAAAGGGUUGGGGAAUUAAUUAAGAAGACCCCAGGUCUUAGUUGUCAUGCAGUAGAUAGUUCCAAGGAAGUGGAUGAACAAACGUUGAGUGCAUUUACUGGCUCUGUUGAACGUAUUUACCCCUAUGAUAGAAAUGCCGAAUUUGCUCAUUUUCUUUUGGCCAAAGCAUUAGAAUGUCAACCGUCUGAAUCUCAAUUAAAUUCCUCUUCAAACUUUUUUGUAGCAGGAAGUGAAGAACAAAUAGAAAAAUCAAAGGAUGAUGAAGAAAUGGAAGAAGAACCUUUUGAAAGGAGGGAAACCAAAAAUAAUUCUUCAAAAAGAAUAUUAAUUGAAGAAAAGAAAAUUAUUGAAGAAAUUGAGGAAAAAGGAAAAGAAGAAGAGAAAAAUCAACGUCAAAAAGAUAUAAUUGCUGUUUUACCGUUGAAAAAAGAGGAAGAAGAAAAUUUUAAUUUAAAUUUGGAAAAUAAAAUUGUUUUGCCUAACAAACAAAAAUUAAAUGAAAAUAAUUUAAAAAAUAUUGAGAGAGUUGUUUUGUCUAGAAUAAAUACAACAAAGAGUAUAAUUGUUACUAGUACAAUACCCCCAACAUUAAUUAAUCUUUCUACUACAAAAUUAUCAACAAUUGCUUUACAGAAAACAACAACUAAUAAACAAAAUGUUGGAAGAAUUAAUGAAAAUAAUUUCAGAAACAAUGUUUUUAGUCAAAGAGGAAGAAAUGAGUUGAAUACUGCUUUUACUACUUCUACUAAAAGACCAACUGCAACAUCAAUUAAUUCUUUUAGAAUCUCCCGAAAACAACAAACAAUAUUAGAACCUAAAACAACACAAAUAAUUUCUUCUCAAAGAACACGUUCACCUCAUCCAUCAAUUAUAUCCUCAUCAACACCAUCAACAACUUCAACUUCAAGCACAUUUUCAUCACCAACAACAACAUUCAGACCUGGAUGCCUUAUUGAUUUAAUUCUUCUAAUUGAUUCAUCUGGCAGUGUGGAACAAGCUUUCGAACAAGAAAAGCGUUUAGCUGCAGAUAUAAUUCGAAAAUUGCGGUUGGGUCCCAAGAAUGCACAUGUCGCACUUAUUAAAUUUGCAGCGGCAGAUAAAGUGCGCACAAUACAAUCAUUUUUAUCACCCCAAAGUCAAGAAAGAUUGCUUUAUUUGCUCAAUGACAUUCCAUUUAGUGAUGGAAUUACAGCUAUACAUUCUGCACUACGACAGGCAAUUGCCGAGUAUACAGUUGAGCGAGGUGCCAGGCCAGGUGUGGCAAUCCCGAUAGCAGUUGUUAUUACUGAUGGAUUUGGACAACAUGAUUUUUCAGUUGAAUCAUUAGAACUUCAUAAACUUAUUCCUAAUAUUUUUGCCGUUGCUGUAAAUAAUAACGAAACAAUGGUUGUUGCUAGGGAUGAAUUGGCUAGAAUUAGUGGAGAUCCAAAUAAAGUUUUUACAGAUAAAAGUAUUGGCGAAUUUCAUAAAAUAUUGGGUGAACAACUACGUGGAUGUUAGAAGAAA